AGUAGCAAACGAUAUCGGUAUGGGCGUAUUUCACGAGACUCCGAGGACAUUUAUAAUUGGGUAACAAUGACACGAAACUGGCAUAUUUUCAUGGAUCUUUAUUCACGUACGGUCGAUUCAACUCUUCGAGGAACUAAACCAUACACUAUGAUGCGAAUGAUUUGCAUGUUUUCAGUGAUGUUCAGCACUGUGAUGAUGGCGGAAGUGACCGGAUGUGUCUAUCCAGACUAUCUCCAAGAUCAUAUCUGGUCUGAUAAAACGACAUUUCCUGCACAUCAUGUCGAGUUCAAAAACAAAAUAUUAAACACACAUCAGAAUCAAAUAAUUGCCAAGAUUAACUGGCGCUGUUUCCACGUCUCCAGGGAAGGUACCAGUGAUCUAGUUGUGUCCAGGGCAGAAUUGUUUGGACAAGAGUUCUUUCGCUGUGAGCUAUACCAUAAGGCCGACGCUGGCCACGUAUACUACAAAUCCCUCCAAGACCCCUACCACCACGUGUCAGGGGAGGGAGACAGGUGUAACAUAUGUAGCAAGAAAGAAGAUGCCAUCAACCUUGAGAGCCAUCUACUUGAAAGCGAGGACAAGAUCUCGCCUCCGCCGAACACUGCCCCAAAUUUUGGAUGUGGCGCAUCGCAAUGCGACGAGUGUCCGGUCGCACCUGUGCGGGCGUUGAAGGAUGAGGCGCGCUCCUUAGAGUAUAUUCUGCGUCAGUGGUUGGCUGAUAAAACCCCAGAAAAAUAAGCAGAAUGUGCGACUGUUUAUUUGUUCAGAAAACGCCAGCAAUACCAGAAUUUGUGAAGGACAAUGACUGUUUCUAUGGGCAGUUUCAUUUUUGUAAAGUUUUGUUUCCAAAUGAAGACCUUAAACUAGUUAGUUUUGUGUAAUGUAACAUCACUGUCAAUUUUGUAAAAUAAUAAAGGAAAAAUUAAAUGCACCUAUAAACAUAUUUUUUUUUAGAUUUUGUAAUUAAAGUUUUCCCUUAUAAACGAUCACAAUUACAUGUUUAUCCCAUAUUAUUGUAAUCUGUGGCAAUAAAAUAUGUUUAAAGAUCCCUGUCCCACAGCACUAUGGGAUUUUUCGUAUAUACAUUUUACAGUAUCAUGUAUUUGCACUAAUUAACACUUUCACCACAAGGGCAAAGAGAAUAAAUAGGUUCAC